AUGCCUCGGUCGUUUGUGUUCAGCCGGCUCAAGUUUUUUACAUUCGCUGUUUUCUCUUGUGCGAUUGCUGUCAUCUACGUCAUUAACCAUGGCACACAGAUCACCGUAUUUUCAGUUCAUCAGACGUACAAUCAGACAAACAAGGCGCUAAGGUUAACGCCACCAGAAAAUCUAGCACCAAAACAGGCGUGUAUCCAUCCGCCGAUAAAGAUGGACGACCCUGUGAUGAUGUCGUACUACAAAAAAUUUCCCCCGCCCGUGUGUAAAGGCGAGGAGAAUUGGGUCUACGUCGACAACGGUACCUUGAGGUUUUCUAAAUCAGUCGUUGAGAAAUACGGGAACUUCACCUGCGAUUUUUAUAACUUAGUGAGGAUUCAUGAAAGGGAAGUAACGUGGGGAAGUGUCUACGUGAAUAUUUCCGAAGGGUAUCGUAUUCCAACGGAUUUUUUCAAAGUGAUCUGCAAGAGUGAGGAUCGCCAUAGGUACGAGGGCAUCCACGCGGGGGUGGCGUACACCCACGACAGAGCCAACCGACCGGAAGUUGAGCUGACCGAAGGGCUGGGCGGGGUGAGUGUGGUGCUACUGGGGCACGACUCACUGUCAAGGCUGUCGUGGAUGCGGCACCUGCCCCAGACGCGUGAGUACUUCCUGAGCCUGGGGGCCAUAGAGCUGGAGUCACACAACAUCGUGGGGGACGGGACGACGGCCGUCAUGUUCCCCAUGCUGACUGGCAGGUUUGAGAGGGAACUGCCCGAGUGUGGCCUGAACGAGAAAGGCGCCAUCCCACUAGAUGACUUCCCCUUUCUUUGGCACGACUUCAAGAGAGCCGGGUACCUGACGUCAUGGGCGGAAGGUCUGUCCGGUGCCUUCACCUGGCGGAUGCUGGGGUUCAGCCAGCAGCCGACCGACUUCUUCACCCGCCCCUUCUUCUACUCCCUCAAGCAGGGGCGGGAGUUCAAUGCCCCCUGUAUCGGAUCACAGAGGACCCACCAGGUGUGGAUGAACUACUUCCGGGAUAUUUUCCUCAUGUACAGGAACAAGAGGAAGUUUCUGGUGCAUUUUUUCUCGGAGAUGAGUCAUUGGGACAAUAACUUGAUUACAAGGAUCGACGGUGAACUAAAAGACUACCUGCAGUUCCUACACGACGGCGGUUACCUGAACAACACGUUGUUGAUCCUGUUGUCAGACCACGGCGCCAGGUACGGCGACAUGCGCUCUACCUGGCAGGGCAAGGUGGAGGAGAGGCUGCCCUACUUCUCCUUCCUGUUCCCCAAAUGGUUUGAAGAGAAAUACCCCAAGGCCAUUCAAAACCUGCGGACAAACACCCAUAGACUGACCACGCCUUUUGACAUCCACGAGACGUUGAAAGAUUUUUUACGUUUUGGUGGAACGGAGGUGGGGAAUGUCUCCAAUAGAGGGAUCAGUUUGUUUAAAGAGAUUCCAUUGGAUAGGACGUGUGAGCACGCGCAGAUCGAGCCCCACUGGUGCGCAUGUCUGGCGUGGCAGAACGUGUCGUCUGCCGACCCGUUUGUUCAAAACGUCACCAAAUUUGCCGUGGGAUACAUCAACAGCCUCACUUCCGCUUUCAGGAGCGAGUGUGCGGAAUUGAACAUCGAAAACGUGACGGAGUCUUUGAUUCUCAAAAGUCGGAAAGAACUUCUGAAACACUCGAAAUACAAAAACAGCAACGACAUGACCUUGUUCCAGUUGACCUUUUUCACCACACCGGGUCAUGGCCAUUUUGAGGUCACGGUCACGUACGACAAUGUAAGAGACACAAUGGCGAUCAGUGAAAGGGAGAUAAGUCGAAUCAACAAAUACGGAAACGACGCUGCAUGCAUUUAUAACAAAAACAAUGAUAUAAGACCGUAUUGUUAUUGUAUAAAGGAUGUUACAUCCAUGGUAUAGCUACUGUAUUAAUAAUGUUUCUGCUAUAGU